AUGGAAGGGGAGUUUCCAGUAGAUGAAGAAGAUGGUUCAGAGGGGUAUAAUGAGGAUGGUUGGGAAAUUGUUCGUCGAGACUUGGACAUGGAAAUAAGAGACAAAUACAUGAAGGGUUUUUAUGAGAGGUUGUUCGGAGAUCAGUUAUCCGAAGUGAGAAAUGGAUUAAUGAUAGAUAAUAUUGGUUUUCAGCCACCAGAGAAAUGGUUGACACUACCAGACAUGGGUUAUUUGAUAGUGAAUCGCUAUAAUGUCAUUCUUGUGCAUUUAGGCAACUUGUGCUUGACUUUAUUUCCUAUGACAACCCCGCAUUCAUCAACUGCCUCUAUUUACUACAUUCGGCUUGUCAAUAAUGAUCGUUGGAUUCAGGUUAAUAUGAAAGAUGGGCUCCCAUUGCCACGCGUCACGAUAGAUUGGAAGAUGUUUCAUUCUCAAGUUUCGACAUCUUGGAUGUUAGGAUUUGCAGGACGUCUUCAAUAUUGGAUACAUCUUUCGCCUAUGAUACCAUCAUAUGUUAGUUUGGAAUAA